UUUUGUCUUAUUCUACGUUUCGUUGUUGAAUUAUUUGAUUUGACUUGACAACGUUGCAUCCGUAUUUUGGGUUUUUUAAUUUUUUUUUAUAUAAAAAUUUGCCAAUGCCAAUCCAAAACCCAAAACCAAAGAAUACCAAUUUCCAAUUUGGUCUUUGUUGUGCAAGUGUGUCGUUUGCUUGAAGCAAAAAAAUAUUCUGAAGCCAAAACAUUUUGCGAUACACAUAAAAAGGAAGUAACUUUGUGGUAACUUUCUUAUUUGCCGAAUUUACAGCUGUUUGUGAAAGUCCUGUUGAGGUAGAGGUUAACAGGAAGCUAGAAAACAGCUAAAAAAAUGGAAAUCUACUUGGAUCCUGAAGAACAAAUUAUAUGCCCCUACAACAAUUCCCAUUACAUAAGAAGGAAAAGAAUGGCUUUUCACUUGACUAAAUGUAAAGCAGCUUAUGAAGAGCUUCACCCUGAUGUACCUCUCAGAGAAUGUGAUUUUAAUGUUACCCAUAAGGUUCCUGACCCAGAAUUACAGUAUCAUCAUGAAACUUGUCCUGACAGGAAAAAGAUCGAAAUUGCUGUUUAUCAAGAUACCAAAACAGAUCUAGAUAAAUUUCCAAUCGUCAAUAUACAUGUGGCAACUGAAGAAUCUUGGGACAAUGACAAUGUUGCUAGUUACGAUCCUGAAAAAUAUUGCAUGUCCAACGAGAUUAUUCGUCACAAGGAUGUAAUUUCAGCUGCGAAAAGGCGCAAUUUCAGGCUCGAGGAAAGAAAAAGAAUCGGACAGUUCUCUCAGAGCGGCGGAGAACCCGCAAAUAGCAGCGUACCGAGGGCUCCAAGACAACAGGAAAACCAGACUAGAAGGCAGCCUUUACCAGAUCAUAAGAGAGGCGAGUACAGAGAGGACACGCCCGGUGUCAUAGAAGAGAUCGUCCAAAGAAUUAAGAUUGAUGCUAAAAAUGGAUUUUAUCAAAACGUUCAAAAGAAAUAAACAGUUGCUGUCUAGGUUUAAUCAUGAUACUAAAAAAAAUAAGUGUAUGAUUUUUAUUUCAUAGAUCUGUUCACGGUAAGCCAGAGAGUAUAUAAGUCAUAUAUAUUUGUUUUCUAAGCUAAAUUAACUAUAUGUUAAGAAAAUUGUAUCGUUUAAAUUUGUUUUGAUUUUAUACUUAAAUACUUCCACUAUUAAUUCAUAAUAGAUACGAAUGUUUUGUCCUCUUUAUCUUCUUUUUAUUUCAUGAUGUCUGAGGAUCUGAAGCAUCUCGAUGUUUACAUGUGUUUGAAGCCUAGAUUUUUGUUUAUUUGGCAUAUAUUUGGAUUUCUUUAACAGUCUAUAUUUUAAGAUAGCACAACCCCAGUUGUACACCAAGAGUCGUCCAUACAGCUUUUAAAAAUUACUUGUAGAUGAGCAAUUUGUUAUGUAAGUACUGGUAAUUUUGAUCUUGUGCCAAUUAAGCAGUACAUUUUUUAUAAAUUGAUUUUAUAUGACUCACAUUUAAAUUUAGAUCUAUGUUAGGAUUUUUCUAUUACUAGUGUUUAGUUUAUAUUUUUCUGAAUGAUUUUCAAGCAGAUGAUUUUCAUAUUGGGUGAUAUAGUUUUGGUAAAAAAUGAAUGCUUGUACGAUUAGAACAUAUAAAGAGUGCACUGAGUAAAUCGUGUUGGAUAAAUAUCACUUGUUUGCGAGAAUACCGACGCAAUUAAAAUUUUAUCAUGUAAAAUGACGGAAUAACGAAUUCUAGCCAACAGAGAUAGCGUUAUAAUUCGUUUGAGACAAGCCUAAUGGGUAUAAUGAAUAUUGGUUCAUUUUAGUUACAGCAUCGUUUUCAAAGCUCUAUUUACAUAAACACAGACGAUUUAUAGGGUUAUACCACAAAAUUCGUGAUAUUUUUUAAGAAUAUUGACAUAUUUCGAAAAAAUUUCUUCGUCCCAUGUUUUAGAAGCAUAAUUUAGUCUUAUUUUUUUAUCAAAUAAUGUAUUUUAUUGUUUUUUUUCUGAGGUCCAGUUAUUUUUAGACAAUAAUGGCGUAAGUAAUUCUAAAUCUCAAGAAUAAUGACCGAUGUCUGAAGGAGGCCUAUUUGUGAUGAUUAUUUGUAUUUUUUAUUAAACCUAAGAUUAAAUUAACUAUAAACAUCGACUAUUUUCAAUUGUGUCAUUGUUCUUGCAAAUUAGCGAUAUGGGAUGUGGAUAAAUUUACCAUUUACUCUCUUGCUUACGUAUAUAUCCCUGAACUAGCCCAGUUUUUGUCGUUUAAAUAUCAUACCUCUGUAUUAAUGUAUCAUGAUAUCAAUCUAUGUGUCAAUCGUAUAUUAUUGUGUUGUAAUUUUUUCUUUAUUUUUUACAGCUACAAAAAAUUCAUUUUUUAUUCAUUGUCUUAUAUUUCUUGAACUAAAAUUUUAGCAUUACUUAUUAUCGAGUAAUAUUAAAAGUAAAAAUGACACACAGAAAUACAUGAUUGACAGUAUUUUUAAACCGUUGGUUUGAAGAUAUUUUUAUGUUUCUAUUAGUUUUCAUUUUAUUUUAAAUUUGGAUUAUUUUUAAUUUUUUAUUACAUAACUAAAAUAAUUAUAUUUUUUUAGAAGUGUGUAAAAGUAUGCAGAAUAUUUUUUAAACUUGGAUAACUUUAAAUCUGUGUUAGAUCUGUAAAUAUUAGUGAUGGGACUUUUCAUGAAAAGUAAUUUUCGAACUAGUCCGACGGACAUGUCCGGAAAAUUCUUGAAAAGUAAUGAAAAGUGGUCGAACUUGGAUGAUUUUUCAGAAACACUUUGAAAACAAAAUUUGUAUUUUCGUUUUUUUUUUUGAUCAAAUCAUUUUGUAAAAUAAUUGUGUUUAUUUUAAUAAAAUAUUAAAUAAAAAUUCGAAAACAUCGUUAAAACCUAUAAUCAUUUAUGGUUUCUUCUUUUUUAAAAUAUAUUUUGCCUUUUUUAUAAGAAAUUCAGACAAAUCAGUUAAUAUAAUUUCGCGAAUGUGUGUUUGGACUAGUCAACUUUUCAGACUAGUCCGCCUCACUUGUAUUAUUAUAGAAAUAAAGAAAUGUGUUACCUUC